GACCCUUCAGGCUCGUCUUUCUCGUGGCAGCUGCUCUCCGUUCAUCAUAACCCCAGGGCCGCCGCACGCCUGUCCAGCUCAAUCACUUAUCCCACCGACCCGCCCGAUGCAAUCCGAAGUACUCAACACCUAACUCCGCGAGUGCGUCCGAUGCCAUGUUUCGAAAUAGACUCAACAGCCAAAAACCCGAUGGAAAGCUCCUAGAGGACUUCAAGGCCACUUUCCCCCAUCUCCAGCAGCGUUCGCAUUCUCUGGCUGGCACGCCCGGCCAUACGCUCGCAGAUGCGCUUGAUGUCGCGCACCCCUCCCGCCAACUCGACCAUGAGGACAUCAAGGACCAGGAUCCCACUCCGCGCGGGAACAAUGAGCCGUGGAGGUUCACUCCCUCACUGCUCGACCCCAACAGCUUCGCAUUCACCUCUUUCGCAAACCAACCGCCGGGCUACUACACCCCAACCCCCGGCGGUACCAACACGCUCUAUCACAGCCAGGCCGGCGACCUCCACACGCCCGGCUUCAGCUUUGGCCUAGGAACUCCACUAUCGCUUCCCACUUCGGAAGGCGCACUGCACGCUGGUCAGGUCGCACCUGCCAACCAUCUCCAUGGCUUCAAUCCCCACGCCCUUGGGUCGCAUCACUUCCAGAAUGUCAAUCCCUUUGGCAUGCAGACUCAGCAUUCCCAAUCAUUUGCGCCCCAUCAAUUCACGCACCAGCCUUCUGCAUUCGACCAGGGCAAUAUGACGCAAACCCACCAAGACUCGUCCAUGGACAACAUGGUUCCCGAAGUUGAGAUGCAAGAGCAGUCGCCUCUGAUCGGGUAUGCACCUCAUUCAUACGACGGCAUGGCGGCUGCAGUCGCACCAGCACCCCCACCACCCAAUCAAAAUUUCCGCUACCAUGUUACUCUGAACGCUCCAACGGCCAUGAUCAAGCAAUCAGACGAAGUCCCUGUUACCUACCUGAACAAGGGACAGGCCUAUUCCAUCUCCCUGGUAGACACGGCACCUACGCAAGCACCGUCUCCAUCGACCAAGUACAGGACUUUCAUCCGCAUUUCGUUCGAAGACGAACAGCAGCGCCAGCGACCGGCAUCCUGCUGGCAACUGUGGAAGGAGGGCCGCGGAACCAACGAGGCCCACCAGCGUGGUGGGCGACUUCAAGCAGUUGAGUUUGUGGACCCAAGCCAAGUCAGUGGCGGUGAGAUCCAAGGACGACCCAGGGUUGAGCUCGAGUCUUCCUCGUUCGAUGGCUUCGUGGUUACCUGGACACCAACCCACAACUCUUCACCAGAGUGCUCCUUGGCCGUUCGUUUCAACUUUCUCUCCACCGAUUUUAGCCACUCCAAGGGCGUCAAAGGCAUCCCCGUCCGGCUAUGCGCGAAGACGGAGAUGGUUACAGAAGCCACUGGAUCAUCGCCCCAAAAGCCAGAUGGCGAGCUCUGUUACUGCAAAGUCAAGCUCUUCCGCGACCACGGUGCCGAAAGGAAGCUCUCCAACGAUGUUGCCCACGUCAAGAAGACCAUCGACAAGCUAAAGCAGCAGAUCGCACAGGUCGAGUCUGGCAUGAAGGACUUUGGCAAGCGGAAACGCAGUGGAUCAAUCUCCAAGGGCAGUAUGAGCCAACGACCCGGAAAGGUGCCGAAACACAAGAGGACAUGGUCCAUGUCUUCGACAAGCGACAACCAAGGAGGCCGCGCACCUGCCGAAGAAGACCUUCACAUCAAGCUCGCCUCGCUCCAAGAUAUGUUCAGCUCUACCAGGCCUGUCAGUGUCCUAUACCUUAAGGGCGAAGAGCAGGACGAUCCAGACCUCCACCCAGUGAUCCUCGGCGCCACUCCUCAAGAACUCUCCAAGCUCGACACCAACGUGGAUGCGCCCAUGUGGGAGGCUCCCGAGUCGCAGACAGCAGCAUCGUCUGCUGUGUCGCCAACUCCCAGCUCUCAGUCUCUCCAUUCCGAGAAGCGCCGGACUACUUCCUUUCAGCGCCCGGCGCCCUACCAGCCACCAUCACGUAUGUCCUCCAACGAAUGGCGCAGCAUGCCGCAGACGGCCACAGGUGAUCUCAAAGGGAUGCAUGGUAUCCAAGGCGGUGCAGACGUUCCAACCAAGGUUCAACGGCCAUAUUCUGAUGACCACGCACUGUCUGGAUGGAUUGAAGCCCUUGGAGUUGACCAAACCUAUCAACCGCCUCCAGAGCCGAUGCUGAAGCCCGUCGCCUGCUUCUUUGUCCAACCGCGGCUCGCCGGUCGGCAACCUGACGACAACUACUUCCGCGCAGUCUACCUGAUGGAGCGUACUGUAAAGGAGCUCGUGGCGAGCAUCGCAAUGAAGAUUAAGAUCGAGCCAACCAAGGUUACACGGACUAUCCGCGUCAACCAGAAGGGUCUGCAAAUUUUAAUGGACGACGAUGCCGUCAACAGAAUACCCGAGCAACAGGAUAUGACUGCGGAAUUCCACGAGAUCGGCACACCGCCGGUGCAUGCCAUGAAGCGCGAAUGGGAUGCGGGUCCCACAGACAUUCAAGUUGAUGGCGACAUCAGCGUCACAGAAAACGUUCAUUCCACAGGUUACGAACUUCGCCUUCUCUUCUAGGCUUUUAUGCCUACUGCUCGCCUGCGAGACGCCGUUCCUUCAACAUUGAUACCCUGUUUUCGGUACUGUACCGAUUGUCACGACCCUUUACUAUUCGUACCCUGGAGCUUUUUAUCGGUCUCCUUGGGCCGCCGAUGCUUCUGAAUUGGCAUCACUUGAUUCGAUUUUACCGCCUGGCGUUUAACGCCUUUGGAUACUACGCGUCCAUUGGGAGCGUUUGCUGCAUUUCCUUUGUUGAUACCUUCUAUUCUUCUUCUUUCCGGUGCGACGACGAUACCCAUUAUACUACUACCAUUUCACCUUUCCAGCGGCUAAGAUUGCAAAGCAACGAUCUAUCAUGAAGACACAGCGAGAUACACGCGCGACACGAGGGAGGAGUGUUCGGACUGUAAUUUCUUUUUUACAUACAUCGAGGAUGGCAACUCUGUCCACUACAGUGCGCAUGCCCAAUAUCCUCUGCGAACCUAAUCAAACCUUUUCGCUCUGAAGUUUUCCC